CGACACAAGUACACAACAACAAUGAUCUCCCCCACCAGCAAACUGCAAAGUCCCUACAAACACCCUCUUAUGAUGCACCGCCACACACAUGAUAACAUCCGGGCUCUCCGCCCCUAAUGCCUUAUGCCUUCCAGUUCCAGGCUUCCCCUUCUGUGCCUCUUAAACUAAUUGCUUUUUUCAUUUUUCUUAAUUUUUUUUUUUUUUUUUUUUUACUUUUUUCUUUUCGCCUCUAUUACUUUUUGGCCUAGAAAAAGCAAACACAAUUGCAUAUGUAAUUACACCCCCCACUAAUCCCCAAAACCAAAUUACCCCAUUAAUUUUCUGAAAAAAAAAAAAAGCCGUUAGAAAAAGAGUUUUCUUUUUCUUAGUAUGGCUAAACGCCCAGAUCUGUGUCCUCAAAUCCUCAUUGUUUGAGGAUAAAGCUAGGUUUUGUGAGCAGAUGUGAUUCGGGUGUUCUUCUUUUUGCAAUAGAAAUAACAAACAGGUCUCUGCAAGGAAGCUUCUUCCCUUCUAUUUAUGGGAUGAAUCUAUGAAUCUAUGGAUUUGACGCCUCAUUUGAAGAUUAAUUGGCAUUAAGGAAAACUCAAGGCUUUUCCAAAAUUGCAACAAGCUGUGCAUUACUUCGUUGAAGCAGAGAAAUGAUUCAAUUGUUGUUCUUGGUUUUGUUUGCUGAGGGCGUUGUGGCAUUCCUUCUAUUGAUCAAGAUUGGGCCACUCAGAGAGCUCGUGUUAAAAAGUUUGGAUCAGCUGAAAAUGGGUAAAGGUCCUGCUACAAUGAAAACCAUAGCUGGUACCAUGUCGGUGAUUCUCCUAUCAAGCCUUAUGAGCAUUGUUAAGAUCCAGAACAAGGGUGCAAAGCUUGGCACCAUGUCACCCAUGGAUCAAGUUUUAUGGAGGACCCAUUUGCUUGAGGCUUCACUCAUGGGAUUUACCCUAUUUCUUGGAUUCAUUAUCGACCGUUUGCACCAUUAUCUACAAAAGCUUAUUGGGUUGAGAAGUAGUGUGGGAGCUUCAAAAGAGGAAGUUGAAAGGCUUCAGAAAGAAAAGACGCAACUGAAAGAAAAAGAGGAGAAGGCUUCCAAGGAGUUAAAGCUGCUGCAAGAAGAAAUUGGGACUCUAUCGGAGAAUUUGAAAAAGCUGAAGAAAGAAUCUGAAGAGAAAGAUAAGAGGGUUGAAACUGCUGAAAGCCACGUUGCUGCCCUUCAAAAACAAGCUGCAGAUCUACUUCUUGAAUAUGACCGUCUAUUAGAAGACAACCAAAAUCUUCAGGUUCAAGCUUCGGGAUAUAGGGGUUAAUGUUGAAAGAAAGACUCCGGGGAAUCAAGUUUUGGGAGUUAAUUUUGGUCAUUGGUGAUGUUGAUGAUACGUCUCCAUACUGCAAGGAAAGAAACCGUCUUUGUUUGGGCCUUCCAGCGGAAAAGUGGAUGGGAUAGACUUUUCUCUUGGGGCCGCCGGCCAAUACCAAUGAAAUUUUUGUAACUUUGUUUAAAAUUUUGGUUAGUCCACCUCGAUGUUGUUGUAGUUGAUACCAACUAUUCUUCCAUUUCUGUUUUCUGGAAUAGAUAUAUUGUAACUCAAUUUAGAUUAUUAAUGAAAAUCUGAUCUCGGGGCCAUCUGCUAUA